CUGGUCAUCACCGGCUUCAGCGUCCACGAUGUGCGCUUUCCCACAUCCCUCACCGGUGACGGCACGGACGCCAUGAACAAGUCGUGCGAUUACAGCGCCGCCUACCUCAAGCUCGUCGCUCGAAAAGAGACUGAGGAACCUCUUACUGGCUACGGCAUGACAUUCACGAUUGGCCGUGGCAAUGAGCUCUGUCGUGACGCCAUUACAACUAUCGUCUCCACCUUACUCAUCGGUCAAGAUCUUGAGACAAUGUUCUCGGACAUGGGAAAGACUUGGUCGUACCUCGUUUCUGAUCCUCAACUACGCUGGCUCGGCCCUGAGACGGGCGUCAUCCAUCUGGCGACAGCAGCAGUGGUCAACGGGAUCUGGGAUCUGUUCGCUCGAUCACGUCGCCAGCCGUUAUGGCAACUGCUUUCUUCCUUCACGCCAGAAGAGUUCGUCGCCGUCAUCCCCUUCCGCUACAUCACAGAUGCGCUGACGCCGGGCCAGGCGCUCGCCAUUCUGCGCGCUAACGAGCCGGACAAGCAGCAGCGGAUACAGGAGAUGCUCCGCGACGGCUACCCCGCGUACACAACCAGUGCCGGUUGGAGCGGGUACAGCGACGAAAAGGUCGCACGGCUCGUGCGCUCGGCGCUCGCGCAAGGCUUCAAUCACUUCAAACUCAAGGUCGGCGUCGGCGUCGAGGAUGACAACCGCAGGCUUGGCAUCAUGAGGAAGAUCAUUGAUGACCCCAAUGAAAUGCCCAAGGGCAGAAAGAUGCCGAGUCCCGAGACCCUGGUCGGCAAGAAUGCUGGACCUACGGGAUGCGUGGUCAUGGUUCGUGCG